CGCCGGACACAACCAAGACGUGAUACCUGUGACUAUGGGCCACCAAUUGUGAAUGGAAGAUCUACUUUUUCUAACUUGCUUUGACUCUCAGUGAACAGGAGGUGUGUCGAUUGUGAGCCAGAACCUACAAACCACAAACCCAUCCAGAGAGACAAGGAACAGAAGUCUCAGAGAGCUGCGCGACUGCUCCACAGAGCAACAGAACGAAUAUCGGCCAUUUCUAUGAGUCAAAGAAUAAUUGAAGGAAGGGUCAAGGGUCAUAUGUUUUGAGGACAUCAUCUUUAAGUAAACACCACAACAGUGACAGAAUGCUUUAAAGAGAGCUACUCAUAGGAGCGCUCCUUCGUCAUAGAUAAGGGGAUCAUUUCCAAGCAAUCCCACAACAAAAGAAAUUAUUUCACUCAAACCAGAGAGAGUGUGACAUUAUCAUGGAUAUUUUCGGAGGUGCUCCUCGUGUUUUGGGCUACCCGCGCCCUGUGGUGGCACAGUGUGGCACAAAUGCCACACUGAGGUGCCAAAUUGGUGGGGACCCUCGUCCUGAUGUGAUCUGGGAGCGUAAAAAUGUCCAGAUCUUGUCCGAGGGACGAUACCAGCUGUCAGAGGAGGGAAAAGUUUACCUGCUGACCAUUACUGGGGUGACCCAAGAGGAUGCUGGCCAGUACAUAUGCAAGGCUAGAAAUAGCAUAGGUGAAACAUAUGCAGCAGCUUCCCUCAAAGUGGAAGGAGAGGCCCAACCGCAGGACGGGGGACAAAGGCAAUUAGGGGUCAAUGGUGUGAAUCAGCCGAUGAAAGAAAAUGGAGAACUUGAAGGACACCUGAAUGGCUACUGCAAAGUGCAAAAUGGUGAACACAGGAAAGAAAAUGGAGCAGAGAUAAAUGGAGAACACAAAUGGAACGGCAAGUUUAUCGAAAAAAGAGAAGAGGUUGAUUUGACAUCUGAUGAGAAACCCCGAUUCCUCAUAAAGCCCCUGUCUCUGCGUGUGGACAGGGGAGAAGAUGCCGCCUUCUCCUGCAAAAUCUGGGGCACUCCUUUGCCAGAGGUGACAUGGGAGAAAGACGGGAAGAAGCUGAAUGACAUCUUUGAAAGUUCACACUUCAGCGUGAGCAAUCAAGAUGGUGGUUGGUUCCAACUGAAGAUCUACAGGACGCGCAUGCCAGACAAAGGUGUCUACACCUGUAAAGCCAUCAACUGUCACGGCAACGCCUUGGCCGGGGCUGUCCUUCUGGUCGAGCCCGUACCAGAGCGAGAGGAGAGUAAAAUGUCCUCCAGUGGUCACACUAACAGCCAAUGGUCACCAAAACACAGGGGCGGGCGACUCAGUUUGUCGAGGCUCACAGAGGAGCAACCUGUCAACCCAUCUACAGUCAAGAAGUUUGCAGUGGCAGAGGGGAAACAUGCCAAGUUUCGCUGCCUUGUGACGGGGAAGCCGAAACCUGAGAUCAUCUGGAAGAAAAACGGGGUUCCCCUUGAUCCCGGGAGACGUCAUCUGAUAUUUGAGGACCGAGAGGGUUACUACACGCUAAAGGUCCUUUACUGUAAAGAGCAGGAUACAGGACUGUAUGUUUGUGCAGCAUCAAACGCUCUUGGAAACACCCUCAGUGCCGUUCACCUGUCCGUCAAAGGCUCAGCUGUGCGGUUCAAGCGUCCAUUAAGAGACGUGGAGGUGAGGGAGAGGGAUGUUGCUGUGCUGGAGUGCGAGGUGCCCGAUGAGUCGGUCCCGGCCGCCUGGUACCUGGAGGACCAGAGGCUGAUGCCCAGCAGUAAAUACGGGAUGGAGCAGAAAGGAACCAAGCGAAGACUCAUGAUCCAUGAUGUCGGGACAGAUGAUGACGGAGUGUAUCUCUGUGAGAUGCCUGAUGGUGCAAAGAGCAUUGCAGAGCUAUCAGUUAAAGGUACUAUUGUUCGUAAGCUUCCUCGGAAGCUGGAGGUCCUGGAGGGCGAGAACGCUGCCUUCUGCGUGGAGGUGGAGGAUGACGACAUGGAGGUCCACUGGUUCAAAGAUGGUCUGAAGCUACACGAGACACACCAGACGAUCCUCAAGUCUUUUGGCAAAACUCACAUUCUGGUGUUUGUCAAUGUGGCCUAUCAAGACUCAGGGGUAGUGACUUUUGUCGCAGGGAGAUCCAAGACCUCAUCACGCCUCAAGGUCAAAGCCUCAAGACACUGUCCCCCUAUCUGCCCUGUGGGUGUCAAGAUGGACGUAGAUCGACCCAACAGUGCCCUUCUCACCUGGGUUCCUGCCCCCAACAGCCAGACGUCCACCCGCUCCAUCUUCGUGCUGGAGAGAAAAGAAGUGGGCUCCCAGGAGUGGCAGAAGUGUUUCACCACAGAGACUGCCACCUCCGCUGAGGUCACUGGUGACAGCGUGCCAUGCGAAGGCGACUACCGCUUCCGUGUCUGUUGCAUCAACAAGUACGGACGAAGUGGUCAUGUGGAGUUUCCCAAAGUCGUCCAUCUGGUUCCUGGGCCCAGAAUUCGCAGUCACCUCCAGGGCUGUGAGGUUGUGGAGGGAGAAGAUGCUCGCUUCUCCAUCGAAUUGUCUGCCUCAAUGGUUGGAACCUGGUUUCUGAAUAGCGCCCAACUGCAGCAUGGCGGACGAUACCUGAUACAACACUCACAAACACAGCACUCAUUGGUUAUCCGUGACAUCCGCACAACAGAGGACACAGCAGAGGUCACGUUCAUAGCCAAUGGAGUUCGGGAUUCAGCUGUGCUCAAAGUUGCAUCUGCUGUUUUAAAAUUCAGCCCUCUGUCAGAAUUAGACAGCAAUAAGAAGGUGGAGUCUGGUGAUGCUAUUGUUCUCUACUGUGAAGUCUCCCACCCCUUUGCAAAAGUAUCCUGGUUCAAAGAUGGCGAGGAGCUCCAGAUGGCCGAUGGCUUCAACAUUCAAUCAGAUGGGAACAUGCGGAGGAUUGUCAUUCAGUCAGCUGACGCAUGUCACUCUGGAGUUUAUACAUGUGAAACUUCAGGGGAUGUUAUCAAAUUCAACGUGGAUGUUGCAGGUCCUCCUGUGGAGUUCAGUCUGGUCCCAGAGGAGGAGCUCCAUAAGAGCAGCAUGGAGUUGGACCCUGUGGUGCUGCUCUGCAACGUCUCCAGAGAGGAAGCCGAAGUCAUAUGGUAUAAGGAUGGCUGUGAGAUCCAGCCCAGUGACAACAUCACUCUGCAGGCAGAGGGAACUGUGAGGAGGUUAAUAAUCCGCUCUGCAGAAACCUCAGAUGCUGGAAGCUACACCUGCCAGGCAGGAGACAACAGCAUGGAGUUCACCGUCAAUGUCCGAGAGCCUCCAGUGAUGAUUGUGGAACCUAAGGAUGAUGUUGUGAUGAAAAGCUAUAUCUCAGAGGAGAUCCACCUGCAGUGUGAACUGUCCCGCUCCAGCGGGAAGGUGCAGUGGUUCAAGGAUGGCCAGGAGGUGGAGGAGAGCAACACUAUCCAGCUGAUAUCUGAGGGUCCUUACAGGAGGCUGACCAUCCUCUGCGGCUCGGUGGAGGAUGAGGGAGAGUAUGUCUGCAAAACAGAUGGAGACUCUGUCUUCUUCCAGCUUAAUGUCACAGAACCACCAGUCCGAAUUGUUUCCCCCAGUGAAUCAGAGCUGGAAUUGACCCAUUUGGCAUCAAAGAGGCUGGUGCUCAGCUGUGACAUCUCCCAGUCAGAUGCUCCUGUCCGCUGGUUCAGGGACAGCUUGGAGGUAGAAGAGAGUCCUAACUUGAUCCUUGAGGUGGAUGGGGCCCAACGCCGGCUAGUUAUACCCAUGCCGACUGUGGAUGACACAGGGGAGUAUAUAUGUGACACUGAAGAUGACUCUGUGGCGUUCCUGGUAACUAUUACAGAGCCACCAGUGACGCUUACUCGUCCUAAAAACACACCUGACAAACUAGAGAGCUUUGCUGGCAAACCAAUUGUGAUGGAGAUUGAGGUGUCCCGGCCAAGUGCAGAAGUCAAGUGGUGGCUGAAUGGCAAAGAAAUUGAGGAGAACAGUAAUGUCACCAUAACAGAGGAGGGGCUCAUCCGUCGUCUGACCAUCCAUGUUCCUACACCAAAGGAUUCUGGAAAAUACACCUGCGAUGCUGGUGAUGAUAAAAUUGAUUUCCAGGUCAAAGUUUCAGAGCCUCCAGUGAAGAUCUUAAGAAAGUCAGAGAUGAAGACAAAACUCAAGUCCCUGAUUUCUGAUGACAUUGUGUUGGAGUGUGAACUCUCCAGAGCCAAUGCUGUCGCCAAGUGGUACAAGGAUGGCUGUCGUAUUGAGGACGAUGAAAGGUUCUGUGAAGAGGAAGAAGGAGCUUUCCGCUCGCUGGUCAUUCUCAACGCUGAACUCAGAGACUCAGGAGAGUACUUCCUGGAUGUUGGAGAUGACAAUAUCAGCUUCCAAGUUACAGUAGAAGAGCCUCCAGUGACCAUUGUAGGAAACUCAAUUGACCCAGAAUACCAGGAGAUGGUGGUAGGUGAUGACCUGAUCCUGGCCUGUGAGGUGUCCCGGGCCAAUGCACCUGUCCAGUGGUAUUGCAAUGAGAGGCUGCUCAUCAAUGACUCCCGUACCUACAUUGAGAGCUACGGGACUCUGAGGAAAAUUAUCAUCUCUAAUAUCCAGCCCUCAGAUUCUGGGAAGUACGUGUGUGACGCUGUGGAUGACAAGAUGAUCAGUGUCGUCCGGAUACAAGAACCUCCAGUUGAGUUUGUGAACAAGGAGGAUGACAUUGUUGUGACGGGUUACGAAGCAGAGAGUGUGACCUUAAUGAGUUACGUGUCCAAAGAAAGUGCUCUAGUGCGUUGGCUGAAAGACUGGACACCUGUUGAAGGUGAGCGCUUCCGAGCACUCGUGGAGGGCCAUAAGCGCACCCUCACCAUCGAGCCUUUGAGGCGCUCUGAUGCUGGCGAGUACACCUGUGAUGUCAACACCGAUCAGAUCCACUUCAGCCUGCUGGUCAAAGAAAUGAGAAUCAAGUUUGUGAGGCCACUCCGGGACACUGUGGCCCAUGCUGAUGGUAUGGUAACCCUUCGCUGUGAAGUGUGCAAGCCAAAAGCAGAUGUCCAGUGGCUAAAGAAUGGCGUGGAGGUGGUUGCAAGCAGGAGGUUCUCCAUUCGUGCGGAUGGAGUGGAGCGAAGCUUGACCAUCCACCGUUUGACCAGAGAGGAUGCUGGGGAGUACGCCUGUGAGUCCAGAGAUGACCGGACUGUGGCCUCACUGAGAGUAGAGAUGCCUCGAGUGGUUGAGUUCCUCACAGAGCUCCACAACACCACCGUGCUUGAAGGAGAAGAUGCCACUUUCAAGUGUGUGGUUUCCCCUGAGGAUGUUCAGUUGGUCUGGCUCAUGGACAAUGAGGCUAUCACGCUGGGUGAUCGUUUCCAGGCAACCCGGAAUGGCCUAUGCCACACCUUGGUGAUUAAGAAAUGCCAGGUGUUGGACUGUUCGAAGAUUACAGCAGAGGCAGAGGGACAAUUGAGCAAAGCCAGCCUCAAAGUUCAGGAGGCUCAGGUCAUGUUUAUUACGAAAAUGGAGGCUGUCAUGGCAGAAGAGUUUGGCGAUGCCACCUUGGAAACAGAGAUCAGCCUGGAGACAGGGGAGGUUCAGUGGAUGAGGCAGGGAGUGGUCAUUCAGCCCGGCCCUCGACAUACACUGGCUCAGAACGGCUGUAAACGCAGUCUGACCAUCCACAACUUGACUCUGUCAGACCGGGGAACCUACCGCUGCGAGACUCUGCAUGACCGAGCACAGGUCAAACUCAAUGUAGAACCCCGUAAAAUCUCCAUCCGUAAAGGCCUAACUGACCAAGAAACCUUUGAACGAGAGACUGCCUCUUUCGAGGUGGAGCUUUCUCACACAGAUGUGGAGGGAAUUUGGCAGAAAGAUGGUAUUCGGGUGAAACCAAACAACCAGUGGCGGGUGAGCACCAAUGGGCAAGUCCACAGCCUCACCCUGUCGAACCUCACUCUGGAAGAUACAGGUACCAUCGUCUUCUCUGCUGAAGGGGUACGCACCAUUGCCAGGCUCACAAUCAAAGAGACACCAGUGUCUAUCUUGAAAACGUUGGCUGAUGUCCGUGUGGAGGAGGAUCUUCCUGCCACUCUGGAGUGUGAAUUCUCCAGACAAAAUGUUGAAGUCAGAUGGCUCAAGAACGGGACGGAGCUGAAGCCAGGGAAGAACUGUCGGAUCUACUCCAUGGGUCGGAAGCGGUUCUGUCAGAUCCUGCAGUGCUCCCGGGCUGACUCUGGCACCUACACAUGUGAUGCAGGAGAAAUUAACACUUACUGUUCACUGGAGGUGUAUGAGCAUCAGUUGGAGAUAGUGCAGGAUCCGGAGGAUCUUUACAUUCAGGAGGACCAGAAUGCUGUCUUCAUGUGCGAGGUUUCUCUGGAGGAUGUGACAGGAGAGUGGUACAAGGAUGGCCACAAGAUCCGGCCCACCAGCACCAUCAAGAUCCGCACUGAAGGGACCAAACACUUCCUGCUGAUGUGUAAUGUCAAAGUUGAAGAUGUUGGAGAAAUCCGCUUUGUAGCCAGAGAUGUUGAAUCUACAGCUUACCUUGAGGUAGAAGAACUUCCAGUUUCCAUCGUUAAACCUCUGCGAGACCGAACAGCCCUGGAGAAACAUCGCGUGAUCCUCGAGUGCACCGUUUCCUCACCUCGCUGCAGCGCCACCUGGUACAAGGGCAGGGAGGAGGUGGUUUCCUCUGAUCGAGUGGACAUUCUGGUUGACGGCUGUUCCCACAAACUGGUGAUCCAGCAGGUGUCUGUGGAGGAUGAGGGCACCUACAGCAUCGAGGUUGGGGAGCACACAUCCAAAGCCAAACUGAUGGUGGAAGCCCAGGCUCUCCUGAUGGUCAAAGAGCUUGAGGACAUGGAGGUGACGGAGCCUGAGCCAGCGUCUUUCCAGUGUGAGGUGUCUGUCGACAUAAGCAAGCCUCCCGUUUGGACUUUGAAUGGAGAGACCCUUCACUCGGGCCCCUCUGUCCGGCUGGAAAACCACGGGACAAUCCACAAACUCACCCUGAGAAACACCAGUGUGGACAUGAGUGGCACGGUCAAGUUUACCAUGGGCAAGGCCAAGAGCAGCGCCACACUCAGUGUUAUGGCAGAGUAGAAGAACAAGAGAGAGAAAAGCAAGUGACUCUGAGAGAAAGACAGAAAGUGAAGACACUAACUGCAAAAAUUGGAUUUACUCUUGUCCCUUAGAACUUUUUAAAAUCCACUUCUUGUGAUUGGAUGGCCUGCACUUUUCUAUUCUGAGAUUUUUCAAAUUGAGGCUAUUCAGUGAAGCUGGACUAAGCAUUUUAAACCUGAGGGAUGUUUCUUCAGUCCAGUUAUUCCUUUUUUUUUACAGCAUAGAUGAUAUUUAUUUGCCUAGUUGACUUUACAUUGUUGUAUUCUGAUGGAAACCCCCCAAAUUAAAAUAAUAAGUAACAGUG